CUUCCCUACAUGAUUCACUUGACAUACUUUUAUUUACUUCUCAACCCAAUCAAUCCCCAUAGCGAACCUUAUUUGACAAUGUUCAAUUCAAGCAGGGCACUGGGCGUCGCAUACAGGGGGAUUUCCCUCGAAACUCUAUUCAAAGAUGCGGGAUCAGGAUUCGGCAACACUGUGAAUACUGCCAGUACAGUUAUCGAGAACAAAUACCCAGCGGUCGUUGAGGGAAGGAUUCAGGGCUCGAAACCUCACCAUUCCAGCAGAGACAGGAACGAUCCCAAGAAAGUGGUCACUGUGGGGUACCAUACCAAGAAUGGAACAAGGUUACUGUCCAUUCAUGCACAUGAGGACGGCACCUGGAAAGAAUUCAUCUCGCGGGCAGGCAGAUCCGCUUCUGCGACGCAGUCGACCCAUGAUUCCCCUCCCGAGUCAGAGUCCCAGGGCGAUCAUCAAUCAAAGGGAAAGGCCUGAUGUCGGGGGUAGCCAUGCCCAAUUCUGCGAACCAUUUGUCGUAUACGGCUAUAGCUUCUUGAUAUUGCUGUCGGCUAUGUCUCUUUCUAAUAUACACCAACCUCUAUCCAUUGAUUCAUGUGUACCUCAGUCAGUCGGAGUCCUGUAUCUAUCAAGGUGCAUAUCCUGUUUAUACAUACAUCUAUGCGUUGAAGUUUAUCGUGUGUUCUCACACGACGCAGC